GCUCCUUAACACAUCCCAGAUUCUAGUUAUGCACAAACUGACGGUUAUAGUCUCCGUUUGCGUUUUAGAUAGCUGGAGUGCGAUUAUAAUUCUUUAAAAGUGUUCAUUUUGCAGAGUGAAACUGCAGCGCGUGUGACCGCGUGGUGGGGGAUGGGAGCUCAGGUUCCUCGCGCCGUGCACGCGAGAUGGACGUUGACAACAACUAGCUUGUAUUUAACCGACUAGUUAGCUGCGUUGCUAUGGAAGCAACCACGUGCUGGAACUAGAAUCGCUCAUUUUUUGCACUUGUUUGGGGAGUUUGUUGUUUCCGAUGACGUUUAUCCACGAUACGCUUUAGCCGUAAGCUAAAAAUCGAAUGACAUGUAAUGGCGCUUCCGGCAGAGUGUUCGCGUGACAGUUGUUACGACGAUAUUUUUUGCGAUUAAAAUAUGGUUAUUAGUAUUACAUUAUGCACUUAAUUAAUUAAUUUCAUUGAUGUGUUUUGUUAAUUACUCUAAUUAAAUGACGUGUUAUAACUACUCUGGAAUAGCACGGGUGUAUUUACUGGUGAAGACGUGAACAGAGACAAAUUGAAUGGACCUGUAGAAGAGAAUGAACCGAAGUCAAUUACAAAAUUAUGCACAUAUAACUAGUUUAACCAUGAAAAUGCAUUUGACUACAGCAGAUUUCACUCUGUCAAAGAGGCUGAUUUGACUGUGCUUCCAUGGAUGGCAAAAGUAUGAGCAUCUAAUCAACACUUGGUAUCAUGGCUCCACUCUCGCCCUGACCUCUUGGUUCACCCAGGAUCCAAAAUGAGCAUAAGCAGCGAUGAGGUCAAUUUCCUGGUGUACAGAUACCUGCAAGAGUCAGGCUUCUCCCACUCAGCGUUCACCUUUGGCAUAGAGAGCCACAUCAGCCAGUCCAACAUCAACGGAGCUCUGGUGCCCCCUGCUGCCCUCAUCUCCAUCAUUCAGAAAGGCCUGCAGUAUGUGGAGGCUGAAGUCAGCAUCAAUGAGGAUGGUACGCUGUUUGAUGGACGACCGAUCGAGUCGCUGUCGUUGAUUGAUGCAGUGAUGCCAGACGUGGUGCAAACGAGGCAGCAGGUGUAUAAGGAUAAGCUGGCUCAACAGCAAGCUGCUGCCGCCUCCAGUGCCACAACAGCCACUGCUGCCAAGAACGGAGAGAACACAGCUAAUGGAGAGGAGAACGGAUCUCACACGCUGUCUAACCACCACUCAGACAUGAUGGAGGUGGACAGGGCAGUGGAGAUCCCAGCCAGUAAAGCCAUGGUGCUGCGGGGCCACGAGUCUGAGGUCUUCAUCUGUGCUUGGAACCCUGUCAGCGAUCUGCUGGCCUCUGGCUCUGGAGACUCGACUGCACGGAUCUGGAACCUGAGUGAGAGCAGCGCGGGAGGAUCCACUCAGCUGGUGCUGCGCCACUGCAUUCGGGAGGGGGGGCAGGAUGUACCCAGUAACAAAGACGUCACCUCACUGGACUGGAAUAGUGAAGGAACACUUCUAGCCACAGGAUCCUAUGAUGGCUUUGCCAGGAUAUGGACUAAAGAUGGUAAUCUUGCCAGUACACUGGGGCAGCACAAAGGUCCCAUAUUUGCUCUUAAGUGGAACAAGAAAGGAAAUUUUAUUCUCAGCGCUGGUGUUGAUAAGACCACCAUUAUUUGGGACGCACACACAGGAGAGGCCAAACAGCAAUUUCCAUUCCAUUCUGCUCCGGCUCUGGACGUGGACUGGCAGAGCAACAACACGUUUGCCUCCUGCAGCACGGACAUGUGCAUUCAUGUGUGUAAAUUGGGCCAGGACAGACCAGUCAAAACAUUCCAGGGCCACACAAAUGAAGUCAAUGCAAUCAAAUGGGAUCCAACAGGGAAUCUCUUGGCCUCCUGCUCUGAUGACAUGACGCUAAAACUUUGGAGCAUGAAACAGGACACAUGUGUUCAUGACCUGCAAGCCCACAAUAAGGAGAUCUACACCAUCAAAUGGAGCCCUACUGGCCCUGGAACCAACAACCCCAAUGCCAACCUCAUGCUGGCCAGCGCGUCGUUUGAUUCAACGGUGCGUCUGUGGGAUGCAGAGCGUGGUGCCUGUAUCCACACGCUGACCAAACACCAGGAGCCCGUCUACAGUGUGGCAUUCAGCCCAGAUGGGCGGCACCUGGCCAGCGGGUCCUUCGACAAGUGUGUCCAUAUCUGGAACACGCAGAGUGGUGCUUUAGUCAACAGCUACAGAGGGACGGGCGGCAUUUUUGAAGUAUGCUGGAACUCCACUGGGGACAAAGUGGGCGCAAGUGCAUCAGAUGGAUCGGUUUGUGUAUUAGACCUAAGGAAAUGACACUGCCGCCGGGAAGCCAUGGACCGACUAUGAAUGUGUGCAUAGCCAAAUUUACUGACUGUCCCUGGCCCAUCAUCCACUGCUGUAGUCCACGCGUGAGGUGCCAGACCACAGCCCAGACCAGCAGUCCCUCAGCUCCAUCACAACACGGACCUGUGACUCUUAAGACACACACAAAAUCAGCGUGCUCAAGGACUGUUAUAUACAGAGACGCUCAAGACAUGAGAAAUACACCGCAUGUGCACACACACACACACACACACCCCUCAUUAGUUCCUGUGUUCAUCAUUCCAAACCCAGAGGGCUGAGGUCCACGGCGCUGUCGUGUGCAUAUUGUACACGUCCAGCGCUCCAACAAUGGUUUAUGCGUAACUGCAUGAGCUAAAGAGCAGAAUAAUGCCAACUCGUGGCUGUAUGAAAUUGACAAUUCAGAGUAUUGGCACUGUAUGUUUAGUGGCUUUGCGACUUUGGAACUGUUCUCCAAAAAAUGCUCAAGGAAUUUUUUUUUUUUUUUUUUUUGCCAAACUUUGAGAGAUAAUUUGAUUCUUUUUAAGAGUUAUAUGAGUACAGAAAGCCUAUUAAAUUACUCAACUAUAUUUUCUAACACAAAUGCCCUGUGUUAUUUUGUACAACCUAUGCAACUUUGUGGUAAGACAAAACUGAACUCGCAGUGCAUGAAUGGCGGGCAUUGUUAUUCAUUCUAGCUAUCAGGUUAUUCAUUCCUUUUCUUUUGAUUCCAAUGAUUAUCCUUUCACCUUCCUCCUAGAUGAUAUUUAACAUCACUUAAUGUUUGACAGAUUUGUUCCUCCGAUUUGAUGUUCUUUCUUUAGUGCUUUUUACUGCUGUCAUUUCCUGCUUUUUCUAUAGAGGUUUUGACACUUUUAGUGCUUGGUGUGUGUGUGUGUGUGUGACUGUGACUGUAACAGCCAUAGUCUAUGGCUUCAUGUGAGUUACAGAAUUAUGGGUCGGUGUGGUUUUUAUCCAGUUUGUCAGUCAGCAGGGAAGUGGACAAGCUUUUUGAUUCAUCCAAUUUGAUAGUCCAAAGUCAGGUUGAGGUGGUGAUGUUUUGCUAACAAUUUUUGCUCGUUUGUAAAAUGACAUUAUUGUGCAGUGAAGGUAAUGGGUAUAAACGCAGAAACUGAUGUAGAAAAACGUAAAUGUGUCCACGGGGAUGCUCCUGUUAUAAAGGAUGUAUUUUAACGCAAACUCCGUUAACAUUAUGGACUUCUUGCGACAUGGUUUUGUCAGGGUAACGGCACAUUGAUUUAGAGUUUGCUAGACGCUGUCACGUGUCUUUAUAAAAUACCAUUAGACAGUCAUAGUCCAGAGAAGCAGCUUUUACCCAGCACACUCAUGUCACCUCUCAGCACUUUAGACCUACUCCCAUGAAAUCCAAUGAGCACUUAAAAACAUCUUUUAUCUUUUGGACUGAAAGUACUUGAGUGACAUUAAACAUUUACUUGAAUGAACCAGAUCAUUAUUAGAGGAUGAGGCGGCUGGUUUAAACGUAUGUAUUUUUUUUUUUUUUUUUUUUUUUUUUUUUUUUAUAUUAAAAUAGUCCAAAAUGCUAACAAAUGCCUUUCUUUCCCAAUAGAUCAUCUAUAAUCUGUAUCCCCUCCUAAGAAUAUCCAAAUGUUCUGUGUAUGAGUAUUUUUUUUUUUUUUUUUUUUUGAGAGAUGAGUAUUUUGAAGCUUGCUCUAAUAUAAUCAAGUAGAUUGUACGAAAAUGUGCUAUUUAUUAUAUUGUCCAUGACAGUGGAAUGGUAUUUUAUAAUGUUUUAAUUUUAAAGAGAUAUUUUACAGUGUGUGUGUGUGUGUGUGUGUGCAAGCGUUUGCUUCUCUUGGUCCUCAACACCUAGCACUCAGCUUGCUGUGUCCACAACCCUUUGAAAUUUUGUACUUUAAAAACUUUUGUAAAUCUAAGGUUGCUUUUAGCUCUUAGCAAAAGCACGUACAUGGGCAUAUCAAAACAUCUUAGACCAUGCAAUUACUUGUUCAGUGAUUUUUUUUUUUUUUUUUUUUUUUUUUUUUUUCACUUUAGAUCAUCUUUAAUCUACUUUUUCCCUCUUUAUCUUUUUUUUUUUUUUUUUCUUAUUUUGCUCACUCUCCAGCAGAAAUCACUUACUGCAAUGUUGAUUUGACUAUUGUGAUUUGAGUCCGAUCAAAUGAAAAGUCCAGAAUAAAAUAUAUUUUGAUAGUA